UGGACUCAUCAUCACCUAAAAAGCUUAAGUUAAUGGAAAAAAAGAUCCCAAUUUUCAUUGACCUUUCUCUAUCAUCACUCUCCUUCUUCUCAUACCCAUAUAAAUAAAUAUUAUAUCUAUCUACGAAACCUUCUUUUUCCUCCUAUUUAGCAGAUCUCAGAUUCAUACUUCAUUUUCUGCCUCUCUUAAUUGCUUUUUUUUUUUUGUGUUGAAAGAAAAAACACGGACAAAAAAGCAACAAACUCAGCAGUCAAAAAGAUAUCCGAAAAAUUUUCAGUUUUGAUUUGAGAACCACUCUUAGUACAUUGCUAUAUUUCCGCUACUUUACAAAAAAUUCCUUAGUGAUUUCAAUUUUUUUUUUGUCAUUCACAAAAACCAAAAAAAAAUUGUUUCACUUUGACUGAAACUUUUUAUUUUUUAUUUUAUUUUAUUAUUAUUAUUUAUUUAUUUAUUUUUACCAUGGUUUAGCAAUUAGCAUAGUGGUUGGUUUAAAAUCUGAUUGUGAAUUCAAAAGGGUACCUUAAAGUUUGUUUGUUGUUGUUGGUUUUUUGUGUGUGUUGAAAAUGGUGCAUAAGAGAAAGAAGGAAGAAACAACAGAAUCAAAAAACAUGAACAAAAGUUCAGAUUUUCCAGAUGAGGUGUUGGAACGUGUACUUGGCAUGGUGAAAUCACAUAAAGACAGAAGUUCAGUUUCAUUGGUUUGCAAAGAGUGGUACAACGCUGAAAGAUGGUCAAGGAGGAAUGUGUUCAUUGGAAACUGUUAUGCUGUGACACCUGAGAUCUUAACUCGUAGAUUUCCAAACAUAAGAAGUGUUACACUCAAAGGGAAACCUCGUUUCUCUGAUUUUAAUUUGGUUCCUGCUAAUUGGGGUGCUGAUAUUCUACCUUGGUUGAUUGUUUUUGCUCACAAAUAUCCUUUUCUUGAGGAGUUGAAGCUUAAGAGAAUGACUGUUACUGAUGAGAGUUUAGAGUUUUUGUCUCUUUCAUUUCACAAUUUCAAAGCUCUUUCUCUUUUGAGUUGUGAUGGAUUUAGCACUGAUGGCUUGGCUGCUGUUGCUACUAAUUGCAAGAAUUUAACUGAGCUUGACAUACAAGAGAAUGGUAUCGAUGACAAAAGCGGUAAUUGGUUGAGUUGCUUCCCAGAAACCUUUACAUCAUUGGAAGUAUUGAACUUUGCCAACCUAAACAACGAUGUGAACAUCGAUGUACUUGAGAAGCUUGUCAGUAGGUGCAAAUCAUUAAAGACUUUGAAAGUUAACAAAAGCAUAACACCGGAACAUUUACAAAGACUUCUCGUUCGCGCUCCUCAGGUAUGCGAGCUUGGUUGCGGCUCAUUUUAUCAACAGUUGACAUGUCAGCAGUCUGCAGAGCUUGAAAGCGCAUUCAACAAUUGUAAAAGUCUUUACUCCCUUUCUGGUUUAUGGGCGGCUUCUGGACAACACAUCCCAGUUCUGUACCCUGCAUGCGCAAAUCUGACUUUCAUGAAUUUUAGUUAUGCUCUUAUUGACAGUGAUGAUUUUGCUAAGAUUCUUGUUCACUGUCCAAAUCUUCGACGCCUCUGGGUUGUGGACACUGUUGAAGACAAGGGACUUGAAGCUGUUGGAUCAUACUGUCCAUUGCUUGAGGAACUACGUGUUUUUCCCGCAGAUCCAUUUGAGGAAGGCGUUGCGCACGGUGUUACGGAAGCAGGGUUUGUUGCUGUCUCUGAAGGUUGCCCGAAGCUUCACUACGUCCUCUACUUUUGCCGUCAGAUGACCAAUGCUGCUGUUACUACUGUUGCACAAAACUGUCCUGAUUUCACUCAUUUCCGCCUCUGCAUCAUGAACCCUGGUCAGGCAGAUUACCUGACAGAUGAACCUAUGGACGAAGCCUUCGGAGCAGUUGUUAGGAACUGCCCUAGACUCCAGAGGCUUGCUGUAUCAGGUCUUCUGACUGACCUCACAUUUGAGUAUAUAGGCAAGUAUGCAAAAAACUUGGAAACGCUUUCGGUGGCUUUUGCCGGAAACAGUGAUUGGGGGAUGCAGUGUGUUCUAGAUGGAUGUCCAAAGCUGAGAAAACUCGAGAUAAGGGACUGUCCAUUUGGCAAUGCAGCACUUUUGUCGUGUAUGGGGAAGUAUGAGUCGAUGAGGUCGCUUUGGAUGUCAGAUUGCAACGUGACGAUGAAUGGAUGUAGAUUGUUGGCACAAGAAAGGCCUUGGUUGAAUGUUGAAGUGAUUAAGGAAGAUGGAAGCGAUGCUAGUGAGGCUGAAAGACUUUAUGUUUAUCGUUCUCUUGUCGGGCCAAGAAAGGAUGCACCUCCAUUUGUUCUCACUCUCUAAACUGCCUUUUUAGUCCUACUUUGAAGCUCAAAAAUGUCCUUGCCUUAUACUGCAUAUGGCAAAGCAUGCAUAGUGAUAAUGAAGCUUCAAUUAUAUGGAAGGUAGAAAGAAGAAAGAUGGGGGAUUUUGCAAGAUUGAAACUUCAAUCAUGUAUCAAAUACUUGAAAUGUAGCCAUAGAUUGUUGAUGUCUUGGUACAUCAAUGCUAAGGAUAAGAAAGGCCAGCAAGAGAGACACAAUAAUAAAGUAAUCUUUUUGACAUCAAAUAAUUGCAAUGAACUUGCCUUCUUUAGACCAGCUGGGCCCACAAAAUGUGAGCAAUAAUUGUGACCAAUGUAUCCAAAUUAAAUGACCUGAUUUUUUUUGGUAUUUGAUUAGAGGCAAUAAGUUAUUUAAUUUUCAGGGGAUCAUGCUAGAAGAAUUUGAUGGAUGUACUUGCUUUAGCAAAGACAUGUAUACUGUGCUUAUGGAUAUCUUUGGCCUUUUUGUUUGCAUGCUCAAGACAUUUUGUUUGUUGUGUUGAAAUAUGAAUUCAGUAAAAGGCACCUUUCCUUUUUUA